GCGCAAUGUGCCGCCGCGGCUGCUACAGUUAAGGCGAGCUUUAUGGCGAGCCUUUACUGUGCCCGGGGGCGAGCGUGAGCGAGACAGCUCCGGUCCGAUCGGGAUCGAGAAAAGGGAUGGAGAGCGUGUGAUCGCCGCGGAUCGAAUGCUGCCCGGGCUUCGACACACAGAGACAGACGGGAAGGUCACGGGCAGAUCGCGACGAUCUCCGGUGGCCAGUAUUUGUGCAAACGUCGUCGCAAGCGGGUCGUACUCGGGACCGCUGCACAGUUUAUAUACAAAAAAAAAAAACAGGAAGGAAGAAUCUUUCUAUCUUCUGUAGACAGCAUUUCGUUGUUCGCAAAAGAGGUUCGUCGCUUAUCGUGCGAAGUCUUUCGAUAAUAUUGGAAAUCGGUGUUUACGGUGUUGUUUUGCGAUAGCCUAUAUUUCCUUUUGCUUCGACAAUCAAUCCAGUUCGAUGCAGUGACUACCGAGAGCGUGACAACAAGAGACCAGUAAGGCCACCGGUAAAAGAAAUGGUGACUGACUGACAGAUUUCAAGUGUUUUGCAUGAGCCGUCGGUGUGCGCAGCAUUCGUGCGUGAUGGAAGCAGCAGCACCGGCCGGUCGAACGAUCGACACAAAACAGCAAUGAAAACGUAGCCGCAAUCCGUACCUGUAGUUUAGUAGUUAUUUGUUCGCUUCAAGAGUCUAUGGUAGUGAUCGAAGAUCAUCCGCCCAGUGUUUUCGAGGUUUCCUUUUGCUUCGCCGUGCGUGACAGUUGGAGUGAUUUUGGUAGUGAUUUCGAUAGUAACAGUGAUUUCGUACGCAAGUGAGGUUGAGUUUGAGUUUCGCAUUGAGGAAGUGAAGGGUGCUUUACAGCGACAAAAGGGACAUUUUACAUAAGAAACAGGGGGAAAACAACAAAAUACGAACAUGGAAACGUGUGUGUUAAUACCGCAGGAGUUUGCACUGGCUGUGACGGGUGUGGGUGCCCGCAACUCCCGCGAACAGACGGCCACCGUGUGGUCGAACACGAGCAUCCCGCAAGGAACGCUGUGCUAUCCUUUCCAAGGCACGGUGCGCAUCGACAAUUUGGACGUUUACUCCACCAUCGAGGAGGAUGACAUUCGACACCGGUUUGGACUGUACGACGAAAUCACCAGCAUUAAUGGACGAACGGUACGCCACUGCAACUGGAUCCGGUUCCUGCGAGUGUCGGAAACGUACGGGCCGCAGGUGAACGUGGUCUGCGCCAAGGUGAAGGGUGAGCCGAUCUACGAGAUCGUGAAGCCGAUCCCGUCGCACCAGGAGCUGGUCGUUACUACCUGCCCGAGGGCCCGGAGGAGCUCUUCUUCAUCUCGGGAUGCGCAGUCAGCUGUACGCCAACGAUGGACUCGAUCCUCGAAG